AUGCUGGCCUUUCAACUACUCCUCGCAGUUGUAACUGCCAAGUACGACGGAUCUCAGGUGAAGAACAUGCUCGAAGCCUACAAGGAGAAAUUUGGACACAACUUCGGUGCACAAAACGAUUCCCGUAUGAAGAUUUUUGCAGAUAACCUCCGCUACAUAGAAGAGGAGAAUGCCAAAGGUGGGAUCAUCUGA